CCCACCUCUCUUUCCAUCAUCAAUGGAAUCGCAAGUAUUCGCGCGACAUCGUGCGAAAUAUAUAUAUCUUGUUAGUCUCACUCUCUAUAUAUAUGUGUGUGUGCUCUCUGUUUUUCUUUUCUGAUUAAGAUCUUCGGUUCACAUUUAACCCCGUCGAUCUUAAUUAGUUUCUUUUGCAGUUAAGUAAUGUCAUACCCUGGUUCAUCGUCAGAUCUCUAUAGAGAAACUGAAGGGGCAGAGUACAAUGAUUGGGAAGGUUAUAGUACUGAUGAUGUUCUAGUCUAUAAUCCAUUGUUUGUUGCAGGUAAUACCGGACUCGAUUUUGCAGAAUUGCAAAAGGAUCUCACUUGGCAAAAUCAAGAGUUAAAUCAAAGUUAUCAAACUUCACAAAAUCAGUCGAAUCACCAACCACUACAAGGAUUAGCACCAACUGAAGCUGGGACGAGUCAUUCAGUCCGCCGGUGCGGGGGUAGGAAUCCAUCUCUUCCACCUCUUUCCAAGAAAGAAAUCGACAGACGAUAUCGAGAGAGAUGCAAGGAAAGCAAAAAGAACAUGGAAUGGCAGUUGGAUCAGCUUGGUCGUCAAGAAAAUACAAAUUUGCAUAAUGAGAAUAGAAAUUUGAUGAUGGAAAAAGAAUCUAUAAACAAGAGCUUGCAAUCGGCAGAAACAGAGACAAAGGACCUGAACAUGGAAAUUCGCAAGUUGGAGAGUAACAUGACCAACCAACAAGUUUUCGUUGAUUCAUUCUUAAAGAAAGUCCAAGACGAUGUGUCGAAUAAUGAGAAUCACCAGCUUGAGGUCAAAAAGCUUCAGAAUGAGAUCAUGGUAUUAAGACAAAUUAAUUGGGACAAUUGGGUUAUGGACAAAGCACAACUUGUACAUAAUAUUGGGAAUUUGGAGCAUGAGAAUAAGGUUCUCCGACUACAAGGUGAUGUACUAUGUGAGAAAAUACACUAUGAUAUUGACACGAAAGCAUGUAAAAUAUGAAUUUUCGAGUUCAAAUUAUUAAAAGUAUUGUUCAUCAUUAUAUUAUUUUUAUUGAACUAUGCACUCAAUGGCAGACUUGGUCAGUUGUAUUCCUACAAGAUAUAUGAAUAAUGUAGUAUCAAUAUAUGAUAUGCUUUUCUUUUUCUCCAA